AUGGAUUCGGUGCGGGCCAAGCACGCGGCCGAGCUGGAGGCGAAGCGCAAGAAACUGGAGGAGAUCCGCAUGCGCAAAGCUGCUGUCCGAGCGGCCGAGGAGAAUUCAGCGGCAUCGACGAGCGUGGACCAGGCCAUUGGACAGCAGGAGAACAAGUUUGACGAUUUUAUCCAGAAUAUUUUGAAAACAUCCAGCGACAAGGAUGAAAAAGUAUCCGCUGCAGAGAGCCGCGAAGACAGCCAGGAAAAGAGUCACGUGGUAAGUAGCACGCUGUCUCUGGCGGAGAAGCUCUCGACGCUGUCGACUGUGAGCAACGUGGCCGAGACGCACAUCCAGCCGACGCUCGUGGAGACGUAUACAAAACAUACCGAGACGGAUAUUACGCUGGAGCACGAGAUAAUCGUCAGAGGGGAUAAUGUCACAAACAUGGAGGUGGACGACCCUCUUGUGGAUGUUUCGGGCUCGAAACAUCCAAACAGUGUGGACGACAUCAAGACAGGAGCGUCUUCACCCCAGAGUCGUAACUGGACGACGGGAUCAAGUGAUACGUCUAUUGUACAGAACUCGUCGACCCCUUUAUCGGCGGAUGACAAGACUCUGCUCAUGCAGUCGGACAGCAUGGAGGCGUUCCUGAACAAGGCGUCGCGAGUAAUUGAGCGUGCAUUGAGCACAUCCAGCAAGUUUGACAUCAUGGUCGACUACGGCGCAGAGGUGGGGCAGGACAAAGCGGUGGAGGAAUUCACCGAGUCGCUGAAGCAGCAGCACGUCUUUGUGGACAACAAGUGGUCGAAGCACCGCGCGGUGACUGACGUGGACGUGUCGCCGUAUUACCCGGAACUGACCCUCGUGGCCUACACUGCACGCAACUUCCUCGAGGAGGAAGGCAAAGACGAUGGCGCGUCGUCUCAGUGGGAUACGAUGGGCAAAUCGGCCACCGCACGGGUACCGACGGAAGUGGCUGCGACCACGGAAGGUGUGGUGCUUCUGUGGUCCACGGCGUUGCCAGGUCGACCGGAGUAUCGGUUCACGUGCCACUCGCAGGUCACAAGUGCCUGCUUCAAUCCGUUCGAUCGGCAUGUCAUCAUCGGAGGCACGUACUCGGGUCAGAUUGUGCUAUGGGACACACGCGCAAAAAGUGCGCCAGUGCAGAAGACGGCUCUGUCGGCGUACAGUCACACCCACCCGAUCUAUGCCAUGGCUGUCGCUGGAACGAAGACCUCGUACUCUCUGAUUUCUGCCAGCACCGACGGCCGCGUGUGCAUAUGGGAUGUCGACCAUUUGCAGAAACCGCUCGAUAUGCUGGACCUGCGCAUCUCGCUCUCCAUCGUGUCGAAUUACACGUCUGUGAAUACAUCCGAUAAGAAGAUGGAAGCGUCCGUGACGUCUUUCGCAGUCUUGGGCAAGGAGAUCAAGGAGCUGUUUGUCGGAACGGAGGCAGGGAAGCUAUACUCGACAAAAGUGGACGAGCAGAAGAACAAGCCCAGCGCUGGCCAUGACGGCAGCAGCAGCAGCAUGGAUACCGUCACGAAAAGCCGGAGCGGUCUGUCUGGCAGCGGUACUCGAGAUCUCGUCCGCGAGGUUGUUGUCGAGGCUGUCUCAAAAGACGGUUCUCACUUCGGCCCUGUCACAGCUAUGCACUUCAACCCAGUGCUGCCAACGCACCGUGACAGCCUCUUGCUCACUUGCUCGCUGGACUCGACAGUCAAGUUGUGGAGCAUCGAGCAUCCCGAGUCCCCAGUGCUCUCGUUUGAGCCUUCGAGCGAAUACAUAAGCGACGUGCGGUGGUCACCAAUCCACCCUGCACUGUUUGCCGUUGCUGACAGUAGUGGCGUUGUCAGUGUCUGGAACAUCCUGAGAGAUGUCGAGGUGCCAGUAGUCUCAGAAAAGGUGAGUCAACAGUCCCUCAACAAGGUCCGAUGGAGCGCUGACGGCAAGAGCGUGAUCACCGGUGACGCCGAUGGCAAGUCGUGCAUCUACGAAGUACCACCGAAUAUUGCGCUGCCUCAACAAGACGACCUGUCGCUGAUGGAAGACAAGAUAGCAAUUUACGUUGCGGCCGCAGCUCCCAUGAAGUCAUAA